AUGUGGGGUUCUGUUGUAUUGUGUUUCAUAUCUUUGGUCAUAGUUGCUUUUACUCAUCAUGUGUAUAGAUGGAGAAAUCCAAAAUGCAACGGAAAACUCCCACCUGGUUCCUUGGGUUUCCCUCUCAUCGGUGAAACGUUUCAAUUUUUUGCUUCCAACACUUCGUUAGACGUACCAUACUUCUUCAAGAAGAGAUUCGCCAGGUACGGGACAAUGUUCCGGAUUAGUUUGGCAGGUCACCCUGUGGUGGUAUCGUCGGAUCCAGAUUUUAACUACUUUAUAUUCCAACAAGAACGUAAAUCAGUGGAGAUAUGGUACAUGGAUUCUUUCUCUGCAAUUUUUGGUGGAGGUCUUGAAUGUGCAACUGAUGCUCAAAUUCACAAGUAUUUCAGAAAUGCCGUCUUGAAUCAUUUUGGUACUGAAGCUUUGAAAGAAAAACUUCUCCCUAAAAUUGAAAGCAUGACUUACCAAGCUUUGGAAUCAUGGUCCAAUCAACCUUCUAUUGAACUUAAAUCUUCCAUUACUAAUAUGAUCUUUGAUUUAACUUCGAAGCAUCUCUUCAAUUAUGACUCAACGAAAUCUACAGAAAAUCUCAGUGUGAUGUUCGCGUGCUUCUUUACAGGUCUUAUGACUUUUCCAGUUAACAUCCCCGGUACUGCUUUCCACAGAUGCAUGCUGAACCAAAAAAAAGCGAUGAAACUGAUGAAAGAUAUCCUACACAAAAGACGUAAUUCGCCCCAGGUGCCCCAACAUGGGGAUUUUCUUGAUCAAGUCCUAGAAGAUAUGAAAAAAGAAGAUUUCCUAACAGAUGAUAUUGUUAUUUACCUGAUAUUUGGACUUCUUCUUGCUAGUUUCGCAUCAAUUUCUGCCGUUGUCACUUUGGGAAUGACAUUUGUAACAGAUUACCCUAUACAAGCGAAAGAACUAUUGGUUAUUACCGAAACAUUAGGGAUGUCAAGAUAUGUAAUUCCGAAAGGUUGGACAAUUAUGGUUGUUCCUUCAUCUAUUCAUAUGAAUCCUGACAACUAUAAAGAUCCAUUUACCUUCAAUCCAACAAGAUGGAACGAUUCUAGUUCGAAUAUUUCAUCCAAAAACUUCAUUCCAUUCGGGUCUGGGAUGAGGAAUUGUGUUGGAGCAGAGUUCAGCAAGACACUGAUGGGUGUAUUUCUACAUGUCUUGCUCACUAAGUUUACGUAA